UCGCCAUAGUAAACUCGCUAUUUUGACCCCGUAAAGAUGGCCGGUAAGUUAACAUAUUUUGAUUCGAACUUAAAUUUUUCUUCUCAUCGCAACACACUGGAAUUUCAGCCUCCAUCAACCUCACUCAAUGCAUCAAGGUUUACUUCUCCAUCAAAGGCGCAACAUGAGCUCAAUGCGGAAGCGCAGGAUCAGAUCAGCCGCUGCUUUAAUAAACUCAGAUCACUGAGACCGUCUGACAGCCAGACUCUCAAAACUGAGCUUAAUCUUCUGUUUGAUCAGCUAAUCUCAGAAAACUACACAAUUUAUGACAACAUUCAUCCAGAGGUUGUGUGCGAGCUGCUUGUGCAAGCGAGUCGCCUGGUUCCUCUGAGCCAAGAGCAUCUGGUCAUUAAACUCUGCCAAUUGAUUCAUCAACUUCUAAACCAGCUGCAGGUAAUAGUGGAUGAACAAACACUUGAUAUUCUGGUGUCAUACAGCACACGCGCUCUGCGGACAUGCAGCUCGUGGACUCACCCAGAGGUGCUGCUUGCCCUCUCAUCACUGGUGUAUGGCAAUGGAUGCAAGUGUCAGAGGCACCUUCCAGAGCUCCUUGGGCCAAGUGGUAUUCUGGUGAGGUACGGUGACCCCAGUCAGCCUGACAUAGAGCUGCGUCGCUCUGCCGUGCAUUGCUUGGCUAAUCUGUGCCUCAGUGUUCCUGGUCAGCCAUAUUUGGAGGAGCCAUAUAAAGGUGUAUGUUAUGGAAUCCAGCUGCGGACACUACAGUACCCCAAACCGCCUAAUGUGGAGAAUAUUGUCUUCUGUACAUUGUUGCAUAGUGCUCUGAAGGGAAUGCAGUGUUUUCUCAGUGGGGGGAAAUGGAAAGCUGUGCAGAACCAGGAUCUUGGAACCUUAUUGGCUGUGCUCAAGAGAUUCAUGUUCCAUGGCCUGCCAGGAAUAAGUGUGGAGAUGCCACAGGUGUUGUAUCCAGCUCCUCUCCCUCAAUACGAGACUAUUUCCUCUGCAAAGCCUGAACCCUCACAAGAUUCGACUGCACAGAAAAAAACUCCAGGGUCCCAACAGAACAAGAAACGGAAGUCUCGUGGGAAAGGAAAGAAAGCUGGAGCCGAGGGGAAGAGGGAUGGAGAGGAGGGAGAGGGUGAUGAGCCUCUUAAAUCUGGGGGAGGAGGAGUGGAUCAAAGUGGCUGGUCACUUGGCUCUCAGUCCUCUAGUCUGACAUCCCCAUCAGGAGUGACUCCUCAUCUGUACCCUUCCUGGAAAAAAGGAAGCUCUGACUCGGAAUUCUCCGACCCUGAGGGAGGAAUGCAAUCUAAACUCAGGCUGUAUCAAGCACGUGUGCGGCAGAGUGCGCUACAGUGUUUCCUGGCAGUGGUGAAGUGUGUUGAAAAACGAGUUCUUUACGGCUACUGGUCCUCCUUCAUUCCAGACGCUCCAUCGAUUGGAGGCCCCUCUCCUCUUACACUUUUGACCAUUGCCCUAAAAGACCCCUCCCCAAAGGUGCGGGCAGGCUCUCUGCAGGUACUGUCUGCUCUUCUUGAAGGUUCUCGACAGUUCCUUUCCACCGCUGAAGACACCAGUGCACCUCGCCAGGCCUUCACGCCCUUUUCUGCCACGUUAGCUGCCAGCCUCAGAGAGCUUCACCGCUGCUUGCUGCUAGCACUCCUUGCAGAGUCCUCAUGCCAGACUCUCACUCAAGUCUUAAAGUGCCUUGCUCACCUGGUGUUCAAUGUGCCCUAUAACCGUCUGAGACCAGGCCUGCUGAGCACACUGUGGAAACAGAUCCGUCCGUAUGUGCGUCACAGAGAUGUGAAUGUACGUGUGUCCAGCCUCACACUCUUUGGUGCAUUAGUCUCAACUCAAGCUCCUCUCCCUGAGAUCCAACUCCUACUUCAGCAACCAGGGUCCACGUCCACCCUCAGCACCCCUGGUGUCGCCACACCUCAGGAGCUCUCUCAGAACUGGAGGCAGCUGGUUCAGAGAGAUGGAGAAGCCUUGCCAUCUCCUGGAGGAGUUGAAGAAGGUCUGGAGGGGCCUUGCUGGCUGCUACAGCUGUGCAUUAGUCUGGUCACGCAGCCUCGUGAAGAAACCUAUUCGGAUAGUGAUGCUGGGGGGUCCAGUGCUGGAUCGCUGGAACCUUCACCUGUUCGUCUUGAAGCCCUCCAGGUGCUGGCUCAUCUGGUGAAGGGUUACUUCUCAUUGGCUCAGACGUCACUGUUGGAGUUGGGUCAUCUCAGCGCUCUCUGUCUCACAGAGCAGGACCCUUCUGUGCAACUUCAUGGCGCUAAACUUCUGGAAGAACUGGGAACAGGAAUUAUUCAGCAAUACAGAGCUGAUGGCAGCACUCCACAAAGUGCCAAACAAGUGCCAGUGUCCCAGGUGGUUCAGUUCUGGUCAGAGGUCUUGGGUGGUCCGCUGAUUGGAGCUUUACAGAAUGAGCAGCAUCCUACUCUGCAGACCAGCGCAUGUGACACCCUCUCAUCUAUUUUACCACAGGCUUUCAGCCAGCUGCCUGAUAAGACACAGGUUCUGUGUAUCACAAUACUGCUGGGUCUGACGUACAGUGAGAACUCUGUUGUGAAAGCGGCCGCAGUUAGAGCGCUGGGUGUUUACAUCCUCUUUCCCUGCCUCAGAGAGGAUGUGAUGUUUGUGGCAGACACAGCUAAUGCCAUCCUCACUGCUCUGGAUGAUCGCUCUCCCAACGUCCGUGCUAAAGCAGCCUGGUCACUCGGCAACCUCACAGAUACACUCAUUGUCAACAUGCAGUCAGUGGGGCUGGAGUUUCAGGAAGAGUUCUCUGGUAUGCUGCUGCUGAAUAUGCUCAGAUCAGCCACCAAAGCCUCAGGAGAUAAAGACAGGGUAAAGAGCAAUGCAGUGCGUGCACUGGGGAAUCUGCUUCACUUCCUGCAGCCAGUGCACUUGGGCAAGCCUGUGUUUGAGCAGCCUCUUCAGGAGGCCAUGAGGGCUCUAAUCGACACGGUCAGAGGGGACGCCACCAUGAAAGUGCGCUGGAAUGCCUGCUAUGCACUCGGCAAUGCCUUCAGAAAUCACAACCUGCCUCUGGGUACAGCUAUCUGGUCCAAGGAAGCUUACUCUGCACUAUCCUACGUUGUCACUUCCUGCAAGAACUUCAAAGUACGCAUCAAAUCUGCAGCUGCGCUCUCCAUUCCUGGGACACGGGAUUGCUAUGGAGACACUCGCCAGUUCGCCGAAGUGUGGCAUGCUUUGUCUCAAGCCCUGGAACACAGUGAAGAAACCGAGGACUUUCUUGAAUAUCGUUACUGCGCAAGUUUACGCACUCAACUCUGUCAUGCCCUCCUGCACUUGCUGUCCUUAUGCCUGCCUGAUGACUUUCCGGCCCUGAGGUCAUCGCUGAGUGACCAGUCCAGACCAGUUCUUCAGGGCUUCCUGGUUCGUUACCUUAGUGAUAGGGGAGUGGCUUUGGUUGCCGGUGGUGAUGGUGAUGCUGGGGAAGAGGCGGGGGAUCACAAGGUGCCUGAAGAUGGGUUGAUGAUGCUCAGGGAGACUUUGACAAGGCUGAAGGGACUGCAAGGAGAGCCCAUGUUGGAAAGCAGUGAGGAUCUGAAGACCGUGUUGAAUUUCUUACAGGAUGUAGUGAGGGAUUUGGAGGUGAUAAAAGAAUCCAACAGCCAAGAUUCCUCUUUCACAAACAGCAAACCGCCACAGAAAUCAAAGUGAAAUUACAGAUACAAGCGAAGCCAUAUAAUAAAAGUCUGUUUGAUAUAUAAAGGGGGUAGUUCACCAAUUACUCAUCAUCAUGUUAUUCCAAACCCGUAUGACCCCUAUUUCUUCUGUGGAACACAAAAGGAGAUGUUAGGCAGUAUGUCUUAGUCUUUAUUCAUUUUUAUUUUAUAGAAAAAAGAUGCAAUGAAAGGGAAUGGUAACUGGCUAACAUUUUGACAACUUUGUGCUCUACAGAAGAAAGUUAUACAGGUUUGAAACAUUUUGAAGUUGAGUAAAUGACAGACAAUUCAUUUUUUUGGUGUACUAUUCCUUUAAGAAUGCCUUUUUGAGUAAAUUUAAAUGUGUAUAUAUAUCAUAUAAUAAUAUGGUGUAGACUGAUGUCAUAGUGAUUUUCCAAAUGAAUGAAUCGUGACAUCAUUACUCUGAUUUUGAGUUGUUUUAAGGAACAUAAUUUUAUGUGAGCUCCAUUUAAGUAAGAAAAUAGGCCUGGUAAUUUUUAUUGAUCCUAAAAAUACUAAAUAAACUCACAUUUCCCA